CACCAUAAAAUGUUGUUGCCCCCGAUCUGCGGUUGUCCCCCACCUCCACUUCAAUUUCCCCGUGCAGGCCAGCCACCAUCCAUCAUUCCACCACCCCUCAAUUCCCGGGGAAAAGAGCAAUCCAUCCAUCAAUACCAACCCCACUUCCAGCUAAAACCUGUACCCAUUCCACAUCACUCCAGCAUUUGCCAGUCCCCCUACAGAUCCCAUUUCAUCUGCUGCUCCCCUCCGUCUUCCCACUUUCCUCCAAACAAAACCAGGCAACUUGGUUGGACAAGUUUCAAGAAUAGAUUCUAUCUUCCAAUCUCUCGUCACUUCUAACCUUCUCAUUGUCAUCUAAGUGGACCUCCAGGUUGAUCUGAAUUUGUUUAUGAUUUCAAUGUGGAAGCUCUACUGUUGGAAGUUCUCCAUUCUCUUUCUAUCCGUCCUUGCCCUUGUCACCUCCGCUAAAAACGCUGGAAAUCCUGCCAAUGAGAUUGUUGACUACAUAAAUAAGAACCGAACAGCGAAUAAGCUCCCAAAGUUGUACGACAGUCCAGGGCUAGGGUGCAUGGCUUUGCAAUACAUAUCAGAGUGCAUGGGAAACUGCAGUAGCAACAAUUCACUGAGCUGUCAUCCUCCGGAAGUUGACAUCACCGAGGUAUAUGCCGCCAAUUGCGGCGUAGAGUUACCAACAGUUGACAUUAUAUCUGGCCAUCUUGUUGGAUGCCAGUGGAAAUAUCUGAAUCCAGAGCAAGCUUUGUCUGAAGUUCUGAUUCCAGACGAGAAAAGACUCUCUCUUUUGCACAGCAAAGAGCACACUGAAGUUGGAGUGGGAUUUAAUAGAGCUCAUCAUGGACCAUCCUUUUGGUGCAUCUUAUUUAGCAGUGGAAAAACCAGCUCGACCUUCGUACUAGAAGGUGGAAGAGGGAUUAAGCAGAGAAAUGGUUGCUUCAGUGGAACAGAUCUACCAUGUAGUGCUGGGAGGAAGCUUCUGUUUUUGGCAGACUUAAAGCCUGUUGUUUUCUCGAUGCUACUUUAUCUUAUAGUUGGUAUGUAGUUGGUUAGUGAGUGGAAAACAGAGAAAUUGGUUAUAUCAGAGUAGGCUUUACAUGAGCGCGUAGAAUGGAGUCAAUUUUUGAUGUAAUCUAUUUGGCAUUGAACGGAUCAGUUCCAUCUUUAAUCAAGGAAGUUGGAAUAGGCAUUAAGUUGUAAAUAGUUUCCUCAUUUAA